AUGUUGUCGAGAAUGGAGGCAAAUCAAAACAAUCUGAUGACGAAUCCACGACCUCCGACGACGAAUCCGACGAAUCACAUGAAUUUCACGUCACCGACACCAGCUGUGCGUAAGGUAGGUAAUCAUAAUCAGUCGGAAUCUGGAGAAAAUAGAACACUAUGUUAUCGGGGAAUCAAUAAUGCCUUGGAAAAUCGAAAUGAUGUGUUCAAGAAGAUUGAGUUACCACCAUUGGAUGGAUCGAGUCCAUAUGGUUCGAUUUCGUUGGCUGAGGGAUUUUUCUGGUUGGGUAGAUAUAGAGACGAAGAACGAUUGGAUCUGUUAUCCAUCACCUUGAAAGGUCCGGGGUUGAACUGGUUCAACAUGGAAAUGACACGAGAGCCGUUCAAAGACUGGCCACAGUUUAAGAAGCGGAUGAUUGAGAGAUUCAGUCAGAAGAUUGAGGAGAAUCCAUGCAAAAGGUUGUUUAGUUGGAGGCAUAAAUGCUUAAUUGAGGAGUAUGUUAAUGAGUUUGAGGAGGUUACAGCAAUUGUGACGGGUAUUGAUGAAGAGAACCUGGAACAUAUGUUCUAUAUUGGUCUUCAACCAGAGAUGAAGGAGGUUAUAAAGAUGCAGAAACCACAUGGACUAACAAAUUGCUUCAACGCGGUCAUAUCAAUGGAGGAUAGUGCGUUUUGUAAGUCAAUGCCAGAAGCAACAAAUCCGUCCCGUCGAGCUUCAUUGUCUUUUCCUCUACGUGGUGCGUACAACUACAACACGCAAAGAUCAGGAGGAAGUAAAAAUAGUGAAGCAGUGGAAAAGUCGAGCAGCUCUCAAAACCAGAAUGGGAAACCACCUUGGCGUAAUGCUGCAGGCAAAAAAUACAGUGGUAUGUUGAAGUUAACACCAGCGGAGAUUGCUGAGAAAAGACGCUUGGGAUUGUGUUACAAAUGUCCGGAGAAAUGGUCAAGAUCUCAUCAAUGCCUAAACAUGCUUUUACAGAUGUUCACAGUCAUAAAUGAGGAAGAAGUGGAGAUUUUUGAAGAAGAUUGGAGUGUGGGAAUGGAAGAAACAGAGAAUGUAGAACCAGAGCUAAUGGAAUUAUCAUUUUCCUCUUAUUUAGGGUUGGGUUCACCAGCAGAACCGGGAUCAUUGUCAAUGGCUCUGGUAGGUGAUAUUGGGUGUAGAGUGGCUGAGAACUUUGGAUGCGGCUACGACUGGGACAAACAUGAAAUGUCUUUCAUGUAUAAGGGCUCAAAUGAUAACCUUGUAUGGGACAAAGUGUUGUUGGUAAAAAAGAAAGAUGGAAGUUGGAGAUUUUGCAUUGAUUACAAAGCCUUGAACAAAGCUACUGUCCCGGAUAAAUUUCCGAUACCUGUUAUUGAUCAGCUUCUCGACGAGUUACAUGGAUCAAAAGUGUUUUCAAAGUUGGAUUUAAGAACUAGCUUCUUCUUUUUUCUUCGAGCCCAUCCACUCCUCCGCCUACUCAGUUCGACCCUUAUCUACUCGGCAGUUGCUGUCCCUAAUUGCAUCGAGUCCGAUUCGAAGAAGAUUCUCCUGAAAUCCAAAUUAAGAGCAUGCUCCAAACAGCUCGAAUUGCAAGUCAUUCCGCCAUUAGAUGCGAAUUCACAAAGUCUAGAGUUUGAUUCUGGGAGAGGUUGUAACUAUCUGCUUGUCUUGAGAAGAUCCAAGCCAGUCCAGCCACAUGCAAAUCUUUAUUCCAAGCCGCGUCUGAUUCCUGAAUUAAACCUGCUUGCACAGGAAUGGGAUCUUUGUGAUGAUAAAUGGAAUUUAUCUGAUGAUUUAGCUACUCAUUUAGCUACUCUGGAUCCCUCUCUUUGUAAGAUUCGCUCUGUCUCAUGGUAA